GGACAUGGGACCCGCGCACAAAACUCGCCCGGCGUCUAGCCAGCUAGAAGUGCCACGACUCCAUUGAAAGAAAGAGGAUUCCCAGACGGACUAAGACAGUGAGAACUUGGGGAAAUAGCUGCAUCUUUUACUCCGGAUUGAAAGAAAUUCAACGACAAUAUCCGUGCUUAUUUAACCCUCUUCAGACGCGGUCUAGAUUUGUAUCUGCCGAUAUAAAAAAGGACAGAUAAACCACCAUGGACCUGUACGACCCUCAGACGCUGGGCAUGAUGGUGUUUGGAGGUUUCAUGGUCGUCUCGGCCCUCGGCAUCGUCCUGGUCUCCACGUUUUCCAUGAAGGAGACUUCUUAUGAGGAGGCAAUGGCCAAGCAGCGUAUGGAGCUGGGCAAGAUGGCCCCGUUGUGUCAGCUGACCAAGAAGGACAAAAAGAAGGAGAAGGCAUCGGAGAAGAAGAACCGCGGUAAGAAGAAGGAUGAUAAGCCCAAUGGGAAGCUGCCAGAAUCAGAACCAGAGGUCCAGGUGUCUGACCCUGAACCAGCCCCAGUCACUGCCACAGAACCCAACCUUGUUCCUGCACCUAAAGCAGACCCCAAUCCUGCCCCUGAACCUGCUCCUGUUCCAACCCCUAAACCUGCCCCUAAAUUGUCCCCUAAAUCCUCCCCCAAGCCCGCCUCCGCGCCGGCCCCCAAGCCCGCCUCCGCGCCGGCCCCCAAGCCCGCCUCCGCCCCGGCCCCCAAGCCCGCCUCCGCCCCGGCCCCCAAGCCCGCCUCCGCCCCGGCCCCCAAGCCCGCCUCCGCGCCGGCCCCCAAGCCCGCCUCCGCGCCGGCCCCCAAGCCCGCCUCCGCGCCGGCCCCCAAGCCCGCCUCCGCGCCGGCCCCCAAGCCCGCCUCCGCGCCGGCCCCCAAGCCCGCCUCCGCGCCGGCCCCCAAGCCCGCCUCCGCCCCGGCCCCCAAGCCCGCCUCCGCCCCGGCCCCCAAGCCCGCCUCCGCGCCGGCCCCCAAGCCCGCCUCCGCUGUUGAGGUCCCUCCAGGGCCCAUUCCAAAGAAGAAGAAGGAGAAGAAGCUGGCUAAGGCAGGUCCAGCCCAGCUGUCACCACGGAGACCCCUGUGA